ACGCCCGCCGCCGACGAAGACGACGACGAUCGCACGCCACAAGACGUCCAGUCCACCGACGCCAUCAAAACCUCACCGACGUCUCUGUCCGUCCAGAAGAGAGUCGUCGUCGUCGCACCACCCGAGUCCCGAGAGCGAGCAGUCGACACGGUUUCGGUCUGACGCGAUAAACGAUCCGACAACUACGGCCCGACUUGUAUUUCGAUCGUAUAUACCCGCGACCGCAAUCGCCGACAGUACGCGAGGGACAGCCCGCUGCAGCGUCUCCGCGUGUAGUCCGUGCCACGAGCAAUAAUACUUUAUUGUCAAACACUUGCGAAAUUCAGAGGCCGACCUGCAGCAAACGCAACUCGUCAUCGCAACCAGGUCGUCGUCCUUCUACGUAGGGUCGUCGAAGAUCCUGCACCAGCAGUAGCAGCUCCGGUCGUGACCACGAAGAAGCGGCCCUACAGCCAUACAAUGAUAUUUUCGAAAUGCCAGUAUGCGGCGUUCACGUUAUUACUGAUUCAGAUGAGGGUGCUGUGCCAAGAGUCGAUCACCACCGAAGGAGGAGUGGUGGUGGGCAGCGGUGCCGGACCCACGGAGCUCUAUCCGAACGGCGAAGAAGGUGUGGACGACGUCGGCAGGGAGAACGUGUUUGUGCUCAACGAUACCAGGGAAGCUCUGUCUCACGACGGUAGCGAACACAAUUCCGUGUUGUUCGUCGGCGACAGUUAUGUGCCAGUCACCACUCAGCUCCGGUCCAGACCCAUAUCGCCUGCCGACUCGACCGUGCUCGAUUGGAGACUGCAAACCGUGGAAAGUUGGGACGGACGGCGGCACGGCAACAACAAGACGCGUGUGCAACACAUCGAAGCCGAGUGCCAGGACGAUUACAUGAAAAUUCGCAUUGGUUUCAACGGCUCAUUUGGCGGUCUGCUGUACUCGUCCGGAUAUUCGUACGACCCGGAUUGCGUUUACAUCAACGGCACUGGUCGGGAUUACUACGAGUUUUACAUACAGCUGAACCGUUGCGGUACCUUGGGAAAGAACUCCAGACAAGAGGACGCUAGGAAAAACCCAGCUAAAAAUCUCAUGUGGAACACCGUAACCGUGCAAUACAACCCGCUGAUCGAAGAGGAAUGGGACGAACACUUCAAGGUGACCUGCGAAUACGGCUACGACUUUUGGAAGACUGUGACAUUUCCGUUUUUAGACGUUGAAGUCGCCACCGGCAAUCCUGUCGUCUUCACGCUGUCGCCGCCCGAGUGUUACAUGGAAAUACGGUACGGCUACGGCACCACAGGAAACAGGGUGGGCGGACCCGUACGCGUGGGAGACCCGCUGACUUUGAUCAUCUACAUGAGAAGCAAAUACGAUGGUUUCGACAUUGUGGUGAACGAUUGUUACGCGCACAACGGAGCGCAGAAGAAGAUUCAACUCAUCGAUCAAUACGGGUGUCCCGUCGACGACAAGCUGAUCAGCAGAUUUAGAGGAUCGUGGAGCGAAAGCCAAGUGUUUGAGACCCAAGUGUUCGCCUACAUGAAAACGUUCAGGUUCACCGGGUCACCGGCACUUUACAUUGAAUGUGACGUCAGAAUGUGUCACGGCAGAUGUCCGAGUCAACCGUGUCACUGGAGGAAUGCCAAGAGCGUAUCGAAGAGGUCCACCGACGUGGAGGUAGCUACGACCCCGGCAGCCCUUUCGCAGAACAUCAACUUGUUCCAGUCGUUGAGAGUGCUUCAAGAGGGCGAGAACGGCGAAGACGCAAGUGCACUUAGCAACAGAACCACCGGAUACUACACGGACAACAGCCAGAAUUCAGUGUGCGUGCGGUCUGGUUUGCUGGCCGGUCUGCUGGCCCUCGCCUCCACUGUGCUGUGCUUUUUGAGCUUGGCACUGACCGUAAUGUGUUACCGGUCCAAGCGAUUGGUCAAGGGAUGCGCCGACGAUCCUGCGCACCACGUGAUCGCGGCCGCGCCGGCGAGAUGUUUCCUCACACACAAGGGCAGAAUAAACUGAGGGGUGUCGACGUGGGUCGGCUGACUACCGGGGAGGGGGGUACGGCAAUAGCAGCCUGUAUUUUUACAAAAUAUCAUCAGGUACAAAACACUUAACAUAAUAUUAUCAUAUCACAUCGUGUAUACAAUACCACACUCUCAUCACCACUCGCAUUGAACAUAUAAUAAUAUACUAUUUUCUAUAUCAUUUUUUUUUGUUGUUUAAAAAUAGUAAUCAUUAUUAUUGUUAUUAUUAUUAUUGUUAAUGUUGUCAAUUAUUGAGUUGUUAAUUUCAGUCGGAAUAGAAAGACGCUUAAGAAACACUGUAUUACCUCGGGUUUAACGGUAUUGCAGUGCAGACAUAUGUGCACCUGAUCCUUGACCAGAUCACGUACAGACAGGACGAUUCGCAUUCAUUUUACAUAAAAUAUUAUCAUAACAUCAAGUUACGCAUACGUGACGGUCGGACGAUGUUUUUUCUUAGUCGCCAAUCCGUUGUCCAGGGCAAACCUGCGGGGACUUCCUGUGCUCAGGAUUGUCCUCGUCGUUUUCAUUUGUCAUCUCUAACUGUAUAAUUUAAUAUAUAAAAAAAUUAGGUUUACCCUCCUCCGAGUUUCGACCCUUUAUACGUCUCCUACUGUUCAACUGAACAUCUCUCGUCCUGUCUGUGUACGAACAUUCGUCUGAAACACGUGGUGAUGAUGAUGAUAGUAAUAAUAAUAAUAAUACUAACAAUGAUAAUAUUAAACCGUCCUUCCGAUCAUGUUUCGCUGCAGGACAGAUAUUAUUUUAUACUUUAAGUCAGGUUUAAUGCACUAUUUACACGAAAUCAACGACCUCUUUAUGUAAUUUUUCAAUCUUUUUCAAUUAUUAUUAUUAUUAAGAAGAAGAGAAUAAACAAAAAUGGGCCAUAUACUAAGUAAAAAAUAAAAAAAGUAAUAAAUAAUAUUGUAUCAAUUAAUUCGUAUACUUACUAUAAAUUAUUAUACUAUAAUAUUAUAGAAGUUGCUAUUUGCCAAUGCUAACAAGCGUGCAACAUAUGCGUUCAUACUGCUUCGUUCAUUUUCUCGAAAACAUAAUUACUAUAAAAAUAUUAUUAAAUUUGGUUGUCCGGUCGGUGGCUUUUCUACAUUAUUACACAGUUUCGAAUAGUAAACAUAUUUUUUCACACCGUCGACGGCGUAUCUUUUCCGCACUCGGAAGAUAUUCGUGACAAUAUUAUUAUUAUUAUCAGCUGUUAUUCAGUUUCUGUGACGAAUGACCAUUAUGGUCAUGGACCAACCGUGGUAACGAUGUUAUGACGUCGUGACUUCCAUACUAAGUAUUAACCUUCUGCAGGGUACUCGAAGACGUACGAAACGCCUAACAAUGUCACACGUGACGGACAUGUUUCAUCUAUAUUUUAAGUACAGCGAGUGUAGGUACCACUUAGGUGGUGGUUAAGAGGAAUUCACAUCAAUAUCUCGACACAAAAUAUUACCUAUAAUAUUGCAGUGAAGUAUUUCAUUGCUGUAGAAAAUGGACGAAACACACUCGUAAAACUGUUUCGCUGUCGAACCGUCAGGAUAUAAUAUUAUACCCACACUCCGCUCUAUAUCAUAAUAAUUACGAUAGGUCCCUCUCGAUCUAUUAUAUAGGUAGGUACAAUAAUUAAUCAUUUCGCUCACCCACCGUGUCUACCCACCCCUCGUAAACUCGCUCCGUAUUUUAUCACGCAUGUCAUUGUCGAAUCAUUUCGGUUACACAUACGAGAUGAAAUCGUUCUAAUAGUACCCUAUCUAGUUAAACGUUAUGUUAUAUAAUAAUAUUAAACAUAUACAUAGUAUCUAAAGCAGUAUCUUAUAUUAUAUUCAAUAUUGUAACGUUCUACGAUAGUAUUUUAAAAAUAUAAUAUUAAUAAUCCGUUACGUCGUCAUUAUAUUAUUAUUAUCAUUCGUUCCAAUAGCUGAUGAAUAACUUGAAAAAGAACAAGAAGUUUUCUUUUCACUUGUCGCUUGUAAAUAUUCAUAUAAUAUUAUUAUUGUAUUAGAAACGUCUUCUUGAAUAAGUUAGAUGUGUAUUUUAUAUUAUAGGUAGAUUUAUAUAUACAUAUUAUAUAUUUUUUUUAUUCUGUGUUUGCGCGUGCGUAAACACGAUAUGUUAGAACAACCUCUAUCUAACGAGCAACUAAUUGAUGCGAGCGACUAGAAAGUAAAAACGAUCAUAAGUGCCCGGAUCGGUAUUAUCAUUGGUUUCCCAAAAUCAUUUUUCAUGUAAAAAAUUAUUUUUUUGCGUGGUCAGGACGAGUGAAUUAGAAUCUAAUAUCCAGUCGUGUGAAAAUAUUUCUGUCAGAAAAUAUUAUGUUGUGCUCUUUAUAUAGGGGUUGUACUAACAGACCUAUUAGUUUUUAAGCUCUGUACAGAGCAUUUAGUGUUUUUGGUAUAAAAACAAAAUGCAUUUUUUUAUAUCAUAAUUCCAUAAUGUUUAUUUUUAAUAUUUAUUAUAAUUAUUUU